GAUGAAGACAAGAUAGUGCAGUGAUGUUACAUGGCGGGUUGGUUACUCAAACGCUGACACCUGUGAGGAAGAAAAUAAGGACAACUCCCUGCUGAAAGUGCUCAUCCCUAAGUCACGAGAACGUUGGCGUUUUUAAUAUAUAUAUUUCCCGUAGAACGUCAUUUGCGGUUUGGACGAGGGGAAAGAAAGCAAGAAUAUUUCUUGUGGAUCAAAUGUAUAAGACGGAAGGAAAGUAGGCUAACUCCAUACCCGUUCUGAUAUAUCUUCUUGUGCACAUCUGGAUUCUCCCGGAAAGACAGAGGGGACAUUUUCGGAUAAGAUAUUAAUAUGUGAUUUUCGAUUUUUUUUCAACUAUGUUGGAUGAAUAGUUAUGUGUGUGUAAUUUGUGUUUUUAAUUGAGACAUAUUAAUUCCAUCCGGAAAAUGGAUCGCACUCCGAACUGGAUAGAUCACAUGAGAGAGGAUACAGUCGCGAAACCUUCGGAUGAAGGAUACUGGAAAUCUGGAAAUUCCUUACAAAGACGUUACCAUGACAACGAUGGUUAUGAAGAUGAAUUUGGCAAUUAUCACAGAACAGAGAAACAUCGCCACCACCAUCACUAUAAUACCCACAAUUCCCUGGGUGCAGGACCGGGACUCGCGGCUGCAAAUGAGAUGUACAAUACCUCAACAAGUAACUCCUCCAUAAACAGCAAAAGGAAAUUGAAAUCCGGUGAAAGACAUAAACAGAAGAGACUUGGCUUAGUGCUGCUGUUAUUGAUAGGAGCGUUACUUAUAGCGUUCGGAGUGGGUCUUCUGGUGUAUUUUCUUUUGAUGGACGCUCCUGGACACGUCAGUUCAAACGCGCAUACAGCCAGUGUAUCGGUGCCAUUACUGAAUAAGACAUGGAACCCCGAAAUGGCCAACAUGUCGUCUGCGCACUUCAAACAGAUAGCAGACCCGUUCUGCGCAGAGGUGGAUAAAUACUACAUGAAUGCAGGCUUUAUCUCUGACAAGUAUCGAGCAUGCAGUGUCAAAGCUAUCAGAGUAAACACAAAUCCUGUCGCCUGCAAAUGCUCAGGUAUACUUGGAACAAAAAGCGGGAAAACUGUGAUAGUAGAUUUCGACCUGUCUUUCGCCGGUGCCGUCACGGAAGGGGAGAUAAUGCGAACAUUACGUGAAAGAACGAAGAAGAUAUUUAAGGACGGUUUCCAUGUGAUGUUAAUAAAAGACUUCAUUGUAGACAUCACAAAUAUGAAGGUUCCUGUCCCACCGACACCUAUUCCGGAUUAUGGAGUCAUAGAUGCGGUGAUGAUCAACCUGACUGUCCGCGUGUACAACCUGACAUGGACUGAUGAUCUCGCCUUUAAUUUUUCUAACGAGUACCUCCGUCAUUCCCUUCCUUUCUGUGAAGAUAUAGCGAAUAUUUUCCGUUCAAGCCUACUUAGCAGCCGAUAUUAUAACUGUGAGGUACAGGGAUUCGGAAAUAAUCCCGUUACUGUAAACACCCACGUAACAUUCAAGGGUAAACGGUAUCCACUAAUGCAGAACCAUGUGAUUCAAGUGAUCAAGGAUAAAUCCAAAAAGAUCCGAGUGAACGACAUUGAAUUAAGAAUGAUCGGGACACUUUUAAUUGAGCCUUUCGACGGCGGGAGCGUUGACGUAAUCGACGUAGGGAUCGAUCUAGGACCUGCUUCUACAACUACCAUAAAACCCACGCCAAGUACCCCUGCUCCUGAUCAGACCAUGAUAGCAGAGCUGACUGUAUAUCUAUACAAUCUCACAUAUAGCAACGACCUCAAGGAUAUCAACGCAGCUCGAGCAUCCUCACUGGCACGCGCCUUCUGUAAAAAUUUAGAAACAUUUUAUGUACAAAGCGACUUAAAAGAUUCCUUUAAGAUGUGCACAAUGACAGGAUUCCUUCCACCAGAUAAGGGGAAAAGCUACAGUAAGGGCCAGUUUUCUCUGAUGUUUAAACACCCUUGGGGAUUCAGCGUCGACCAUUUUAUAUCACUGAUCAAAAAGAACGCCCCAGAGUUCAUAGUAAACGACAGAGACACGGAUAUAGACAAGCUCAAAACUUACCUCGUCGGCGACCUUCUCGUCAUAUUAGAGGGCAUAGAGGUCAAGAUAGUUUGGCGAACAGAGGCUACAAUUAUGCCCACUAAGGGCGCCCAGUCCACAUUGACAACAUCAAUGCAGAUAGAUACCAUGACGAAGACAGUCUACGUCAGUGAGACUCCAAUGCUGACCCUGCCUGGCAGCUCUGGGACAUCCACGGUCUAUGUUGUGUAUGAUGCCACCUAUGCCAACAUGACAUAUGGACUCUACGACUUCAAAUACACCAGUGAUCUGGCAAAUCCAAACUCACACCGAUACCGCGAGCUCCAAUCUAAAUUCUGUGAUGAGUUACGCCGUUAUUUCAAAUCCGCAAGCGUUUCAAAACAUUUACAACAGUGUCAGAUCGACUACUUUGAACGUUUUCCGAGCAACGUUAACUUCCAUCUCACAUUUUCGGCUCCAAACGGAGAAUAUAUACGGGAUGACAUCACACAUGUAUUUAAGAAUGUCGCACCUCAUGAAAUGCGAGAUGGAUUUGAUCUGGUGGAUAUUGGAGCACUGAAGUUGAUAUGGGAUAGGUCUGACCUGGACCUCAAGGCCACUAACUAUACUGUGGAUACGAAGACUAUCAACAUCUCUCCAUCAACAACUAGUACUAUGUCCGCCACGACAACCAUUGUAUAUUCCGCGACGAAGGUAGAACUAACAUGUAAUUUGUACAACUGGAGUCUACCAAUCGAGUAUUCCGAUCGUGCUACCCAUCCAUUCAAACAGCAGGAAAAAAGUCUGUGUAGUGAUGUGCGGAAAUUCUACAACAACAGUGUGUUGAACUCGGAGUUCUUGGAAUGUUAUAUUAUGAAUUUCGGCCUCAAGACAACACCCAAGACAAUCAAGUUCAGUAGCUACUUCAGCCACGCUUACACACCGAGUCUGGCUGGUCUUUCUGUUGACAUCCUUCAGGUCAACGCUCCAAAGACUUCAAUCGCAGGGAAGGAUUACUUCCGGUUGGAUAAUCUACUUCUAGAAACCGGAAGCUGUAAAACGAAUAUGAAGCCGUCUAAUUGGACCAUGGAAGAUCAUUCACAGCAUCCGCAUAUCUCUACGACUCCGUCUGUCCCUGAAGCCACCACUUCACUCACUAUGAUACCAUGCCUGCUGAACAGAUGUCAGCAUGGUUCCACCUGUAUACAGACCACACAGCAAGGCAAGAGCAAUUGUAUCUGUCCUCCAGGAUGGAAAGGCGCUUUCUGCGAAUACGACGUGGACGAGUGUGAGGUGAACAUGUGUCAGAAUGGAGGUGUAUGUGAGAACACCCCCGGAUCUUACUACUGCAAGUGUCCUAUGGGCUGGACAGGCAAACAUUGUCAAGACGACCAAAACGAAUGCAACAGCAUGAGUCCAUGUCUGUAUGACGGUACAUGCGUCAAUACACCUGGCUCCUAUAUCUGUAUGUGUGUACCCGGCAGGACAGGCACCAACUGUGAAUUUGAUGUGAAUGAGUGUAGACAGACUGACAUUUGUCAAAAUGGUGGAACUUGUGUCAACAUUCCUGGUUCCUUCUUCUGCUCGUGCGACCGAGGCUGGACAGGGGACCUCUGUGACGUGGACAUCAACGAGUGUACGCUGAAUGUGUGUCAACACAACGCUAGCUGCCUCAACACCCAGGGAUCGUUCCGAUGUGUUUGUCCUAACGGCUGGACAGGGAACUACUGUGAAUUAGACGUAUUUGAAUGCGUAGAAUACCGAGGAAUUUGUGCAAACGGAGCGACAUGUAUCAACACUCAGGGUGGAUAUAGGUGUCGCUGUCCACAAGGCUGGAAGGGUGAUAACUGUACCGUCGAUGAACUGGAAUGUGCCACAAGUCCCUGUUACAAUGGCGCUACCUGUGAAGAGGUGGGAGGAGGCUACACAUGUGUGUGUCUACCGGGUUACACAGGCGUAAACUGUCAGCUAGAUAUCAACGAGUGCUAUACUUUGGCGGACGUAUGUUUCAGUAGAGGAGAAUGUAUCAAUACCGAAGGAGGAUAUAGUUGUAAAUGUACUCCAGGCUGGACUGGUUCUUUCUGUGAAAACGAUGAUCCGGAGUGCCUUACGUUCCCGUGCCAGAACGACGGCACGUGUGUGGAAUUAGACGGCUCGUACCGCUGUGACUGUCCAGAAGGUUUUAUGGGCACCAACUGUGAAACAGACGUUCAAGAAUGUGCUACAAAUCCUUGUGCUAAUGGCGGAACAUGCUUCGAUACUUUUGGCUCAUUUUACUGCGAAUGUCCUCCGGGAUUCACAGGGAAAUAUUGCAGAGUUGAUAUCCCGGAAUGUGACGCUACGCCUUGCCAGAACGGAGGUACAUGUGUUAACACGUUUGGAUCCUACUACUGUACCUGCUCGUUAGGCUGGGUAGGACUCAACUGUUCGACAGGUGUGAAUGAAUGUCUACAAUUUCCUUGUGCUAAUGGAGCUACAUGUGAAGAUACCCCAGGCUCCUACAUAUGUCACUGCCCGUCUGGCUACCACGGGUCUAACUGUGAGAUAGAUGACGAUGAGUGUUCUCUCAGUAACCCGUGUAUGAAUGAUGCCCUGUGUAUCAAUACGGUUGGUUCCUAUGUGUGUCAGUGUGGGGACGGCUGGAGUGGACCAUUAUGUUCAGCAGAUGUUGACGAGUGUGUAAUAAACCCGUGUGAUAACAAUGGCACGUGUGUGAAUUCUCCGGGGUCCUUUACCUGCCAAUGUGACCCAGGAUGGACUGGUCAGCGCUGUCGUAUAGAUUUGAACGAAUGCAAUAUGCAGGUCUGUCAGAACGGAGGGACAUGUAUCAACUCGGCAGGGUCCUAUAGGUGCGCGUGUCCCCUUGGUUAUUUUGGACGUCACUGUAGCCAAGAGAUAGACGAAUGCGGACGUAAGCCGUGUGAUAAUGGUGCUGUCUGUAUCAAUACUCCAGGAUCAUACUACUGUAAUUGUAAAACCGGCUGGACAGGCCAGAACUGCUCCAAAGAUGUGAACGAGUGUGUUGCCCUGGCAGAACCCUGUCUAUUUGGAGGAAGUUGUUCCAACACCAACGGAUCAUACGAUUGCUUCUGUCUCCCUGGACGAGGAGGACCUACAUGUGGUGACGACACUGAUGAGUGCACACUUAUUGCACCCUGUAUGAAUGGUGCCACUUGUGUAAACACGGAGGGUGCCUAUACCUGUAUUUGUUCCAGGGGCUGGGCCGGCCAGAACUGUGACGUUGACGAAGAUGAGUGUCAGAUGAACCCCUGUCGCCAUGGCGGCACAUGCAUGAAUCUGAUUGGCUCUUAUCGUUGUGAUUGUCCUGAGGGCUGGACGGGAAAUCUCUGUGAAAGAGAUCUAAAUGAAUGUGAAUCAGCUAUUGUGUGCAUGAACGGAGGCACAUGCAUCAACAAUCCUGGUUCGUUCACGUGCCGUUGUCCUGCUGGCUGGACCGGUACUAGGUGUGAACAAGAUUUCAACGAAUGUGGAUUCCAAAACCCAUGUCUAAAUGGGGCGACAUGUAAUAAUAUCAACGGUUCCUUUGUGUGUAACUGUGUGGGUGGAUGGACUGGACAAGUUUGUGGAGAAGAUGUGAACGAGUGUCGAGAGUUGAUCGCUCCCUGCUCUAACGGAGGAACCUGUCGGAAUACCCCCGGAUCCUACUACUGUGUCUGUCCUCCAGGCAGGACUGGUAAACUCUGCAAGGAAGAUAUCAACGAGUGUCUCCAGUUUCCCUGUCUCAAUUCCGCGACUUGUAUUGAUAUGGCAGGAUCAUAUCGAUGUGAAUGUUCCCAAGGAUUUACCGGAAGUAACUGUCAUCUCGACAUUGACGAGUGUCUGACUUUGAAUCCCUGUCAACAUGGCGGCAGCUGCAUCAACCUCUUUGGCUCAUACACCUGUCAGUGUCCACUAGGCUGGACAGGGGUAAAGUGUGAGAACGAUGUGAACGAAUGUUCUGUUAUGGUCCUCCCAUGUCGGAAUGGUGGAGAAUGUAUCAAUACUGUAGGAUCAUACAACUGUCAAUGUGUGACCGGAUGGACUGGUCCUGAUUGCAGUCAAGACCUUGACGAGUGUUCACUGCACCAACCAUGUCUACAUAAUGGCCAGUGCGUCAAUACAGAUGGAUCGUAUGCGUGCCAAUGUACCAUGGGUUGGACUGGCAAAGACUGCAAAGAUAGUAAGGGAAAAUUGAUAGCAUGACAUGGUCUGGGCAGACAGAGAUUAAAGAAUAUGGUACUCGUCAAGUGAUCGUACGCAUGUGUCAUAUUCAAAUGUAACAGUAAAAAAAAAAUGUUGAAACAUAAUUUAUAUAAGGCGAUAAACUUCCAUUACAAAGCCGACGGUUUCAUGUACUGGCCACUUAGACGCCAAAGACC